UGGACCAUUCAUGCAUCUUCUCUCUGCUAUUCAUAUGCUUGAAAUAUUUUCCUCGCAAAAAAAUGCUUGGAAUCCAAACGAGACGUUUAUUUUAUAUUAUGGAGUUAGUUUCUUGUUCCACAUUUUAUAUUCUAGGAGGCCUCAGCAUUGAUGAUGGUGGCCACCCUAUCAAAGCGCUUCCAAUCCGCCACCAACUAUUUGAAACAUUCAAUAGGAAAAUCGAUAAGAUCAAAACCGGGCUACUUUUCUUGGUUUAAAUAUGACUACUUAAAUUAUUGUUUUUUUAUGAGAGUUUACAAGUCCAUUACACAAUAUUCAUAAUACAAACAGAAAAAAACUUCAAAAUUCCCAUUCGUCAUUCAACUUCCAAUGCCACUCAUAUUUAAUCAAAAUUGUUAAUUUUACAGAAAAAAUCCCCCUAAAUAAAUACAGAUUUCUGUACUCCAACGACACACAACACAAGGAAAUAUCAAGGACACUAAGAAUGCACAGUGUUGCCUAAGAAAAUGGCUUUGUUCAAAAUUCUUAUCCAUCAUUCAACAGUUGAUGUUGCCCAUAUUAAAUUAUAAGCAUUAAUUUAUCAAGAGAAAAAAAAUCUCCAAAAUACUCAUUUGUGGUGGUAGAUAGAUUAUGCCUUGACCUAUUCUUUUUUUUGAACAAAAAUGCCUUGACCUAUUCUGCACCCCAAUUAUUUGAGUUUCUUGGGCCCCGCCACAGGUGAUCUUUCCAGUCAACGCGGUCCACUACCAGUACGCGCCUACUGCCUCUCUACUGUUAUAUAAACUCCAACGACAGCAGGUCGGUCAGCAGCAAAAGGAACUGCAACUGCAAGCACAGCAACAACCAGUGCCCCCGAUCAUCAAGUCCGAUCCAUCGAGCAAGUGAUCAGCUCUCAGGCGAUCCAUGGCGGCGUCACCCUCCGGCUACGAACCCCUCCUGCCGCAGGCGCCGCCGCCGGUGGUGGUGGUGUCGCCGCAGUUCUGCGCGCCGGACGUGGUGCCGCUGACGGUGACCAAGAAGGUCGCGAGCCUCAGCGGCGGCGACUUCACCGUCACCGACCCCAGCGGCGCCGUCGUGCUGCAGUUCAAGGGCAGCGUCUGGAGCGUCCGCAACCGCCGCGUGCUCCUCGACGCCGCCCGGCAGCCCAUCCUCACCAUGCACGAGAAGAUACUUAGUAUGCACAACACAUGGGAGGUGUUCAGAGGUGAGAGCUCGAGCGCGAGCGACCUGCUCUUCACCGUGAAAAGGUCGACGCUCCUGCAGCUGAGGACGGAGAUGGAUGUCUUCUUGGCUGCUGGGAACACCGCGAAGCAGAAGCAGGCCUGCGACUUCAAGAUGAAGGGCAGCUACUUCGACAGGAACUGCGCCUUCUACCUCGGCGACUCUGACACCAUGAUCGCUCAGAUAAGCCGGAAGUACACUGCCUCCAAUGUGCUGCUGGGAAAGGACACGUUCAAUGUCACCGUGUUCCCGGGCGUUGACCAUGUGUUCGUCACGGCGCUUGUGGUGGUUCUGGAUGAGGUCCACAGCAGGGAUCGAAACUACUGAUUGCCUAUACCAGCAAGCUUUCCAUCGAGUUCAACGCCUGUCAUGUUAUCACAAGCUGUUAUGAAUUUAUGAUCAACGGUGUCAAAUCAUGCUAGCGAGAUCAUCAGCUACUGAAGUUCGCUUCGUUUACGCUGAUGCACAGUAUUGUAUAAGGAUUUGCUUUUCAAUAGAGCACUGUUUUGUGAUUGCUUUCUACAGUGCUUGUCUGUUUGCUUUAAUUAAUGCUUUAAAUAAAGAUGAAUAUUACUAA